GGGAGAGGCGAGGAGGUGUGGUCGGCGCCUGCGGGCUUGUUUCCCCCUCUUUUCCUGGCAUCGUGGCGCGGUCGGGGACCAGGGAAGGGGUCGCGCGACAUUGCUCUUUGGGGCUACUGCUGCAUGUGCUACCCCCGCCCUUACCAGACAGGCAGAUACCUGCCUUGGUCAGUGGCAGGUGCCGCAAGGGAGAGAAAAGUUGGGGGCAGCCCCUUUAAGGAAGGUGGGAGGAAGCGCUCUCAAGAGGUCCGCAGAAGGGAAGCGGAUGAAUUCCCGAGGCGAGAAGUACCGUUAAUGAGAUAGGAUGAGCAUGUUCGAGGCAAUGGAGUAGUGAAGCUGGGCUAGACAGAAGAAAGUGGAAGUUUCUUCAGACUCUCAAAAAUCUGGCUCCAGAGAGAGAGAGAGGUUCUGCUGCCAUGGGCCCUCCUGCUGUGAAUCCCAAGAUUCUGUAUCGGAAUUCCCGCCUGCUCCGCAUGGUGUUCCUGCAGCUUCAUCGCCAGCAGAGGGCUGACUUAUUUUGUGAUGUUGUACUGCAAGCAGAAGGGCAAGCUGUCCCAGCUCACUGUUGCAUCCUGUCCGCUUGCAGCCCCUUCUUCACAGAGCGUUUGGAGCGAGAAAUGCCCCCCAAGGGGCAUAAGGUGGUGCUGGAGCUCCGGGGGCUGAAGAUUGGGACAUUGCGUAAACUGGUUGAUUUCCUCUACACCUCUGAAAUGGAGGUGUCCCGGGAAGAAGCCCAGGAUGUCCUUGCAGCUGCCCGGCAGCUACAGGUGUCGGAGCUGGAGUCACUGCAGCUCGAGGGAGGAAAGCUGGUUAAAAAAGCAUGGGGCCGGCGCUUGAACCGGGACUGCCUACAGCUGUCCAGUCCGAUAUCCAUUCCAGAGGCCAGGCUGAUCCAGUCUCCCCCUGCCUGUAGUGGUAGCUCCCUGACAUCCUGGCUGAUCACGGGCAAGCACAACCCAGUAGUGAAGCUUCCAUGCACCAAGGCAAUGAGUCGCAAUAGUGAUGCUGAGCAGAGAGAAACCAAGAAGCAAAAACCUGCUGCAGCAUCACUGAGUGGAGGCAAAGAGCAGGUGGCUGAAGAUUCAGCAGCAACCCCUGAACCCCUUAGAGCUAAAGCUAGGAAGCAUCCAGCAGGAACAGUACGGAAUGUGGUGGGAAGUGAUGUGAAAGGCAGUCUGCACACACUGCAGCCCAGGCCUGGAGAGAAGCAAACCCUAGCUAGCUCUCAGGAGUCAAAGAAGAUCAAGCUCAGCCGUCCAAAGCUUUCCUCGCAGGCUUUGCCCAUAUCCUCUGCUACCGAAGACUGUGAUGCUGUGGCAACCAACAAGGCCUCAAGGUCCAUCAGACGCCUGUGGCGGCAGAAAAGUCCUCUUGGCAAGAAUGAGGCAGAAGGUGGUGUCAGUCUGCUUGGAAUCUGGAGCCCCCCUCCACUUCCAAAGGCAACGAAGGGCAGAAAGCGCAACUCCAGUGAGCCGUCUCCGUGCUCCAGUUCUCCCGGUGAGGCGAGGCAAAUUGGCCGGGUCAAGCUCAGGAAAGUCAUCAAUGGCAGCUGCUGGGAGGUAGUACAGGAGCCACCAGCUGCACAGCCCAUAAAAGCAGCAAACUCUGUACCUGUUUUGGCCGACGACGGCUCCCCACCUCAGCUCGGCUCUCUUGAGCAAGAGAUUGUAGACUUGCAACAGCCUCCCAGUUCUUCUCAGCUGCUGCCGGCAAAACUGGAGACUGCCCCUCUCAGUGAGAAGGCCCUGGCCAGUCAGGCUGAGAGCAAGGUGGCCUUGGAGGAAGAGAAUAGUGCUGUUGAUGAUCCUUACGAGCUGAAUGUGUUUAUGCUGGAGCAGCUGGCUGACGAGAAAUAUGACAACAACCUGGCUUCUGCUGGGGAGCUGGAACACAUGCUGGAUUUGCUUCUGGCUGAUGAUGAGACCGCCACUGGGGAACCUCAAGGCACUGCUGCUCCAGAGGGCAUGCCUAUGUCAUACCCUGCACCAGGAGAAAAGAAGAUGCCGCUGGGAAAUGCUGGAGCGGAGGAGAGAGAUGGUUCUGCAGACACUUUACUGUGUCCACAGUCGAUCGAGGCAGGAAGCCGUCCCCCACAAGGGGAGCAAGAGGCUGCUCUUGCCAAGAUCAGCAAAGGGUCUCCUGGCUCAGCAGACAGGGGUCCCUUUUUAGCCCUUGUUUGUAGGGAUCCUCCUCUUGUGACAUCUCAACCCAGUGGAGACUGUCUUGCCUUUUGCAAACCAGCCUCUGCCCAGCUGGAUAGUUGGACAACUCAGCCGCAAUGGCCUGUGGUGGAGAAAGAGGCUGCAAGGCUUGCUGGCCUCCUGCCUGCCACUGUGAUGGGUGGCGAGGACCAAGGGUUUCCCUCCUGUAGAGUGGGGGCUUCAGGUGCAGAGACGAAGCCCUGUUCUCAAGCAUUGCUCAGGAGCCCUUUGCAGCACAGCUUGGACUGCAAGCUGCUUCCACUGUUAGCCAGUUUGGAAGAGGAAGAGAUAGAUGUUGGCGGGGCAGAGGAGCUCUUUGUAAGCAUUGAGUGUGUCCGGCCAGAUCCUUCUCCAGUGUCUGAAAGUGAUGUAGAUGUUCUGAACUAGUGAGUGCAGGCUAGAGCAAGGAGCUGCUUUGGCUGCUCAGCGACGUGUGGUGGCCCUCAGUACCGCACUUGCAUUCCACAGCAUGUGCUAAGGGGCCCAUGUUAAAACGGUACAAAUAGUAUCUUACCGUGUGUGUCGGUACCGUUCCUCAGAUGCAGAGGCAGAAACUCCCCCUUACAUUUAAGGGCUUGGGAGAGGGGCUACUUCACUAUUGCCACCUUGCAGCCUAAUCUAAUCAUGGCUGUUCAUGUUUAUAUCAUCAGCAUCUUAUUAUUUGUACAAGCAAGACACUCAGGCAGGAUUUCUGGGAUCUGCUGAUCAGCUUUAUCAGACGGAUAGAAAUGGGUCCUUAAAUGAGAAACCUGCAGCAGUGCUUCCAUGUAAUGACAUUUUGUGUUGGGAGAGAAGACUUCUUAAGAUGGGAAGGUGUUGCCCAGGAGCGACUUGGAUCCUCCUCCUGAAUAAUAGAAGAGCGUAGCUAACCUGUGAACAAAAAGGCCUUUGAACACCAGCCACAGCAAAUGUGUGCCUUAUAGUCCAGUGCCCAAGCCUGUUGUGCCUUCUGGGAUGAGCUCUAGCCAGCUGGCUGUGCAACUGUGUUCCAUCCUAAACUCUCCAGCCCUGUCCCUUUGUAAGCAUAACUUUUUUUUAAUGGGUGGAUGGCUGAAUCCGCUUUUGCUGUUAGGAAGUGUGAUCUCUUAACCAUUGCAGUGAGACAGUAGCUCAUCCAAGUGGGGAAGACACAGGUGCCCUCCAUGAGUUGUCUGAACUCAUGUGUUGCCCUCAAGGUCACCGUGAAGCACUGCCUCUGCUGACGUCGCUCACUACUAAGGGAGGCUCUGCUUCCCCUCACAGGAGUGGGUGUUGCAUCAGCUAGUGUGUGUAGGAGCAGUUGCCUGGUGGGACGUGUGAACAGUCCCCUCCACAAGGAAGGCUUCUGUGCCACCAGCAUUGCUCAGUCUCUCCUACUGUAGUGAGUUCCCCCAUGCCUUCAGCUGUAUAAUCAUCAUUUUCUUCUUCCCACUGUGCUAGUCUGCCAUAAGCAGACCCUUUUCCUUUCCAGUAGUCCUGGCAGGAAGACAAUCUACUUUUUACAGAACUGCAUCACCCCCAGAUAGCUGACCUAUUAUACUUAGAAGCUGAUGCAGUUAAGUUGUGGUUUUCUUCACUUUGUCCAGAGAAGGUUCUCCAAAAGUUAACAAAUGUUAACUCCUUUUUUUCAUUGAAACCAUCUCCCUUGUGUUUACAGAUUGAUCAAGCAGAGGGUAUUCAAGUGCAGUGACCCAUACUUCCUUCUCCCUCCAAAGUUUUCAGUGUAUGGGGCUGAGAACAUUCUGAAGAGCAGAGGGCACACAGGAUGGAAUACAUAUUAAGUUGUGAUGUGUUCAAAUAAAGUUACUAAGCUUUC